AUGGAGCCAGGCGACUUGCGAGAAAGCCCCGCCGGCUCCGGAGAGUCAGAACCAGGGGACUGGAGGGAAAUAAUCCCCGGUGGGGUUGAUGAUGAUGAUGAUGAUGAUGAUGAAGUCAAGGCUGCUGAAACGAAUGAAGCCUCGGAGGAGACGGUGUUUAAAGAGACCUGUGGCGAAGAGGACAGUGGAGAAACGCUGAAAGACGAGGGGGAGCAGCCACACAGCCCCUACGAGGAGGAGCUGGACCCCAGGAUCCAGGAAGAGCUGGAACACCUUAAUGAAGCCAGUGCAGAAAUCAACAAACUGGAGCUGCAGUUGGAUGAUGCCAGGUCAGGAUACAGGAAGAUCCUUACAGAGUCUGCCAGGAAACUGAAUGCCCACAGCUCCCAGCUUGGCAGCUGCAUAGAGAAAGCCAGACCAUAUUAUGAGGCUCGUCGCCUUGCUAAAGAGGCACAGCAGGAGACCCAGAAGGCGGCUCUGAGCUAUGAGAGAGCUGUUUCCAUGCACACAGCUGCCAGGGAGAUGGUUUAUGUGGCAGAGCAGGGGCUGAUGGCUGAUGGCAAGAACACCCUGGAUCCCACCUGGCAGGAGAUGCUCAACCAUGCCACCGCCAAGGUGAAUGAAGCUGAGGAGGAGCGUCUCCGCAGUGAGAGGGAGCACAUGCGUGUCACCCAUGCCUGUCAGGAGGCUGAAGCUCGGGUCCAGACGCUGCAGAAGUCCCUCAAGAGAGUCAUCCUCAAGUCCAAACCUUACUUUGAGCUGAAGGCCCAGUUCAACCACAUACUGGAGGAGCACAAGACCAAAGUGCUGCAGCUGGAACAGCAUGUGGCCAAAGUGAAGACCCGCUACUCCAUCGCUCUGCGCAACCUAGAGCAAAUCAGCGAGCAGAUCCACGCUCAGAGGGGGCGGGACCAAGCCAAGGGGGGACGAGGCACCGUCUGCGGCGGGCGGAGCCCCCCGGUGGGAGCAGAGUCCGACAGCGGAAUCCAGGAAGAGGGCGGAGCUUGCGGAGGCGGUGCGACAGGGAAAGACAGAGUCGACACAGCCGACGAGCUGGUGGAGAAAUACAGGGAGAGGGAGAAUGAGAAAGAGAGGGAGCGGGCGGGGUCGGAUUCCCUCUCUGUCUUCAGCCUGCAAACCAUCGCUUCCGACUUGGAGAAAUGCGACUCCAUCGAACACCUUGGGGACUUCAGUGAUGUGGGGAGCGUAACUGGGGAUGAGGGGGAGAAAGAGAGAGGCGGAGUGAUGGAUAAAAGAGACAGGCCGAUGGAAGCGACCGCCAAAGAGCGGCAACAGCAGUUCCACAAGCAGCAUCACCGAAGCUUCAGUUUGUGAGGCUGAAGUAAUUAGAAUAGUACACUGGAAAAAAUGUACAAUUUGAGACUGUAAUUUAACGCACUGACAAAACAUGAGAACGGCUAAACUGCCCUACCACAUUGGCAAAAACCAAAGUAUUUGAUGGUGGAUUCGCUGCAAAAGUGAAAGAACUGGAGUGCAGUGGUAUUACAGGUGUAUGAUACUCUGUAAAGAAGCACAGGUACGCUGACUGACGCUCAUAUUAUCCUACACAUUAUUCUAUGGCUGACAUUAAACACAUUAGUAUUGCAAACUAGUUAAAACACUCCUGGAGUUCCCAGACCACCCAUCUGAGAUGAGUAUAUAUUAAUUUCCUCUCCUCCGCUAAUAAGGAAACUGGGUAGAAUUUGUUCCUUGAGCAUGAAGGAGCUGCGAGAAAAGACAAAAAUCCCAGUUUGAAUGGACAUUGUAUUCAGAAAGGCAUCAUUCCUUCCUUUCCUGGGGUAACUGUUGAUCUAAUUUGAUUGGACUGGUCAAAACAAACUCUUCAUUGUUUUCCCCCGGUCAUGUCGAGUCCGAUCAGUGAUUGCUUCAAGGUAGAGGGUGGCAGGGUCCAUCCAUGCGCACCAAGAUCUCCAUUUUAUCAAACCUUACCGAGAUAAGUCUGCGGGGAAGAAUGAUGAAAACGAUUCUCUUUCUGUGCAAAGCGAAAGCAUGUCGGAAUUCACAUUUCACAUAUUUAUUUGCUGUGACAUAAGUAGAGUUUUGUUAACUUGGCACGGAAGAAUACGCGUUUUUUGAUAAUCCCUGAAACGGUUAUCAGAAUGGAGUGGAGCCUUAAGACACUAAAGACAGCCUGGGACUGAGUUUUUCCAUACUGACAGCAUGCGCGCCCAAUUAGCUAUUCAUGUAGGCAUCUCUGACAUGUAUUCAGGGCUCUGAUGAAAUACACACUGAGAACAUUUAUGCUAAUAUGAUGAAGCUCGGUCAUUAGGCAUAUGUCUUGUUUUUAAAUUGCUGAAUCCUGCUGUAGUGUUAUCAUUCAAAGCCUCUGUCAACUUGACAUUAUUUUGAUCUUGUUUACAUUUUUGAAAAGUGUAAUUUAAAGGUGUAAUUUCAUUGACAGGAAAUGCAAAAAUGCAUUCUCUAUUGUGAACCUUUUUUUUUUUUCAACUUAAUUGUAAUUUGAAGUGUGCCUUUUCACAGGAUACAGAAUAAAUUUAGCCUACAUAGUAUCAUACUGUAUUGUGAACUGAGUAAUAUUAACCCAUAGUUCGGUUUAGAAACAUUUGAAGAAUAUGUGUGUGCGCCCUUUUACGAGUAUUAUUUUUUAAUUUUGAAUCAUCUCAGUCACCCAAGCACUCCUUCUGGUGAGACCGGAAGAGGUUGUUGUUUUUUUUUGUCCUUUAACCACAAAUAAUAUUGUACAGUACUUUGAUUGUCAAAGUGUAAAAUGCAAAACAAUGAAGUCAAGAAAUGACUUGUAAAUGUAUGUAAUUAUUACAAAGUUGGAAAAUAGUGAAAUGUACAGUUACACACACACACACUGCUGAUUUGAACAUUUGACAGAUUUGUUGUGCAGAUGUUCUGAAUAAGCUGUAAUUUUAUUUAGGCCUUUUCAAUUUUACCUCAUGUAUUUAAAUGACACUCCUCCAUCCUCUCUCUCUCUCUCUCUCUCUCUCUCUCUCUCUCUCUCUCUCGGUCACUGCUUUGUCUUAACAUUUUGUCUCUUAAUGACAUUAACCAUUUGUGACUGUGUUAUGUCACCAACUGUACUGUUAAAUUUCACUGACUUGGCCAUUUAUGCAACAUCAUAUAAUCAAUAAAACAUAUAAGAUAACAGA